CCAGUAAUAAGCUUGAACCUUAGACUGAAGUGGAAACAGAGCGCCAGAGCCUGCUGGGAAUAAACAGGGAGAACUAACAUGCGCCAGACAGUUUGACUCAUCGAGGUCAACCUGAGAGUCAACCCUACCUGUCGGACGAGGAUACCGGUAUGUACCCCAACUCACAGACGGCCAGGCACCCGGCUCAGGCGCUGUCACUGAACAGUCAGUACAUUCCGCCUCCGUAUGACUUCACCGGUUAUCAUCACGUCCCGGGACUCGGUGACCCGUCGACAAGUGCCUGGAACCCAGUCUACGCUCCCCGGGAGGAGUAUCCGUACAGCUUCCCGGGGUCAAGCCCCAGCGCCGGGCAGGUCAGCUUCUCCUCUCCGGAGCUGAGCGGCAGUGGCACGCCCACCGCCGCUGGAGGGGGGUCGUUCACGCCGUACAACUUUAUCUCCGGUCAGGACCCCUUCAGCUCCAGGAGGAGGCCUCCUGAAUCCAUCAAACCGUCCAUUUCAGGGAAGACUCGCACUAAAGACAAGUACAGGGUGGUGUACACUGACCAACAACGCCUGGAGCUGGAGAAGGAGUUCCAGUACAACCGCUACAUCACCAUGAGGAGGAAGACCGAGCUGUCAGUGACGCUGGGCCUCUCAGAGAGACAGGUGAAGAUCUGGUUUCAGAACAGACGUGCCAAAGAGAGGAAGAUAACCCGAAAGAAGCUGCAGCAUUCCCAGCAGGCCUCCACAACUACACCCACCCCACCUGUGCUGGGCGGACCCGCUGACACCCACCUCACCACCAGCCCCAGCAGCAACAUUUUGUCUGACACAAUAUCAGAGGAAUACUAAGUGCAUCUCAUAUGGAAGACUGAUACAGCGUGAAAUAUGUACAUAGCCUGUUUUGUUUUUAUAAGUGUACCACAGAAUGAAUGAAGAUGAUUCACAUCAACAUAAUGUUAUAAUGCUGCACUUCCUGCCUUCCACAAUGACAAGCACUUCACAGCUGAUGCAUUGAUCAUCUCUAGUGGGCAUUUGCCGAUCUCAGGACUUUUAUGUGUAAAUACGGGUCAUAAUCAGCACCAAGGUAGUGAUUUUAACGAAUUACUGGAUCACAUGACUUCUUCAGUAAAUGUUGGUUAAAGCCACAAUGAAAAAAAGAGCUUCCUUUGACACAUAGGGGUGUUGAAAUGUGUGAAUUGUGGUUAGCAGAGUGAGAAUGCAGAUGUCCAUGUAUAGUCAAGUGUCUGCAACAUGAAUUAGAAAAUAGUUAUAGGUCCCUGUAUGUUUUGGUCAUUGGAUUUUCCUUUCAGAAACGGGUAUUAAAAAACAGAAAACGA